ACUGCACAUACCCAUGUACCCCCACACAGCACCUCUACACAAACCACUUCGGGGGUCACUGAGGCUACCACAGUCGUCUUUUCCCCAAGUGCUCUCCCCGGGGGGACCCAUAGCUUGGGAACAACGCGCACCACGGAAGUGAGCGACGGGAGCAUAGCCUCAGCUUCUCCCACCUCUUCGGGGGUAACUCCCAACCCUACCUCACAGUCUAGUAGUACCGUGUACGCUCCCGCCUCAACCACAGCAUCCACAAGUGCUCUCUCCCGUGAGACAAGCAGCCUUCCAAGUCGACACAGCUCCCCUGCAGGCGCAACUGGCACAUUAGGCCAUGUGAGUUCCAGCACAGCAUCUGCCAGUACUGCCUCGGCGGAUGCAGAACUCUCCCCAACCACACCCAGCCCGACACACACAGCACACCCCCAUGCACCCCCACACAGCACCUCCACACAGACCACUUCCGGGGUGAGUGAGGCUACCGCAGGCGUCUUUUCCCCAAGUGCUCUCCCCGGGGGGACCCAUAGCUUGAGAACAACGCGCACCACGGAAGUGAGCGACGGGAGCAUAGCCUCAGCUUCUCCCACCUCUUCGGGGGUAACUCCCAACCCUACCUCACAGUCUAGUAGUACCGUGUACGCUCCCGCCUCAACCACAGCAUCCACAAGUGCUCUCUCCCGCGAGACAAGCAGCCUUCCAACUCGACACAGCUCCCCCGCAGGCGCAACAGUCACAGUAGGCCAUGUGAGUUCCAGAACAGCAUCUGCCAGUACUGCCUCGGCGGAAGGAGAACUCUCCCCAACCACACCCAGCCCGACACAAACAGCACACACCCAUGCACCCCCACACAGCACCUACACACAGACCACUUCCGGGGUGAGUGAGGCUACCACAGGCGUCUUUUCCCCAAGUGCUCUCCCCGGGGAACGCAGAGCUUGAGAACAACGCCCACCACAGAAGAGAGCGAUGGCAGCGUAGCCUCAGGUUCUACCACCUCCUCGGGGGUAACACCCAGCCCUCCCUCACAGGCUAGUAGUACCAUUCACACUCCCGCCUCAACCACAGCAUCCACAAGUGCUCUCUCGCAUGAGACAACCAGCCUUCCAACUCGACACAGCUCGCCCGCAGGCGGCACAGUCACAGUAGGCCAUGUGAGUCCGAACAGAAUAUCCGCCAGUACUGCCUCGGCGGAAGCAGAACUCUCCCCAACCACGCCCAGCCCGACACGCACUGCACACACCCAUGCACCCCCACACAGCACCUACACACAGACCACUUCCAGGGUGAGUGAGGCUACCACAGGCAUUUUUUCCCCAAGUGCUCUCCCCGGGGGAAUGCAUACCUUCA